AUGCAUAUUGGAUUUACCAUUCUGCUCCUUAUGAUAUACCACAAGGGGGCUGUUUUGUACAGUUUUCCUUCCAAGUGUGGAAGGCAGAAUAAUACCCUCUUUGUUAACAGCAGCCUAAAGUGCAAGGAGGGUAAGAACCGAUCAAGUCGCACAGCAAAUAAGCUACAGUGCAUGAAAAAGCAGAUAAAGAAAAACCAAUUCCAUGACCGGUGUGUAAUUAAUGUUAAGGGAGGAAAUGGGGGAGAUGGCAUAUGCUGUUUUACAACAUUUUCGCAGAGGAAAAAUAAAAAGUACGCUUCCGGUGGCCGGGGGGGGAAAGGCGGUAAUGUGUACCUAAUUGGGGAUAAAAAAAUUGAUAAUUUUCUAAGCGUUAAAUUAAAAUCUUUUUACUAUGCUGGAAAUGGAGGAAAAGGAUUAAACAAUAAUCAAAAUGGGGAAAAUGGAAAAGACGAAUGCAUAAAUAUACCUGUAAAUACAAUUAUAUACGACGAAGAGAAGAAGUUUGUUAAUUUUAUUCAUUUAAAUGGCCAAAAAGUGCUAGUCGCUUUGGGGGGGAAAGGUGGAAAGGGGAAUUACUCCUACAGAACGAAAAGCCUGAAAAUCCCAUUUGUUUGCCAAUUUGGGGAAAAAACAGAGGAAAAAAAAAUUUUCCUCAAAAAAAUAUUUUUUACUGAUUUUGGGAUUAUUGGGUACCCCAACGUGGGGAAGAGCACCCUGCUGAAUAGGAUCACCAACGCGAAUGUAAAAAUUGCCAACUAUAGCUACACAUCCAAGUUUCCCAACCUGGGGAUAUUUAGGAGCGACCAGGGGGAGGGGGGCCAGAGCAAUGGAGAAGGGGACAACCUUGUUGACGAAAAGGACGGCGACGAAGCCGUUUUGAAGGGAAACCACCUUGUUGACGAAAACGAGGGGGAUGAAGCCAUUUGGGAGGGUAACCGCGGGGAGGCAGAAGAUCUAGUGGAGGGAGAAACUGAUUCGUCGGACGAUACAACGCGUGAGGAAGGCGCAAAAAACAACUACACCGUUAUCGACUUCCCGGGAAUCAUAAAAAACUUGGACAAAAAAGUAUCGAAUAUAUCGUACAAGUACUUGGAGCACCUGAAACAUUGCAAAAUAUUAAUUUACAUGUUUGACAUAAACAGCAGAAGUAAUGUCCUACUGGAAACUUAUAGAAACAUAAAAGACGUUUUGGUGCAGUAUGACCCCAUUUUUAAAGGCAAAAAGGAAAUGGUGCUACUGAACAAAAUUGACAUAUACAAAGAGAAGAAAGAUAAUCUGACUGAAUUAAUGAACCAUUUAAGGGAAAAGUUAAAAAUAGAAAACAUAUUUUGCAUAUCUGCAUUAACGGGGGAAAAUGCAGUAGAAGCGAUAAAUGAAAUAGUCUCAAAUAUCAAUGAUGAAAACACCAUAAGUGAGUUUUUAAAAAGCUUGCCUGAGCCAAUCGAUAUUGCUAAAAUUGAAGAUAGUGACAACUUCCGGCCAUCUGAAUUUGAAAUAUACAAAUAUAAAGAAAAUGUUUUCAUCGUUAAGGGAAAAUAUAUCGAAAAUCAAGCCAAGAUUUUUAAUUUUUCCAAAAGUGACACGUCAAAAAUUUUUGCCAAAAUACUAGAUCAUUUGAACAUAAAUGUUAAGCUGAAAAAUGUAGGUGCGAGAGAGGGAGAUAGGAUUAUCAUAAGCAAUUACUCAUACGAGUUUUCCCUCGAGGGGGAUUAG